AUGGGAGAUUGGGUGCCGAGUCGAUGGACGCAGCAAUCGAGACAGCCCUCGGCCGAUUUGGCGGAGAAGCCGCCUAGAGGAGUCGAUGCGGUGACUGCGCGGAAAAUCUACCGCCACCACCAACGGCAGACAGUCGAAGCACUUGACAGGUUGCUGAACGAAGUGAUCGACAAGUCGCUCUUCGACUUGGCACUAGAGGUUCUGAAGAAAGUUCGUCCAGAUGCAGCGCAGUGGGACUCGCUCUCCGCCCGCAUGGCGACCGGACCCCAGGCUGACGAGCUGCGGGCUGUUUUCUCAUCCGAGGGCGAGGGCGGAACGCCUAAGGUCGUUGAGAUGAGCGGUGGAGACGAGGAUGCAGAGGAGGAUGAGGCGAAGAAGGCAGAGGCGAAGCUGGCAGAAACUGCCUCCACAAAGGCAUCUGCGCCCAGCCUCGGGAGUGCCAUCCCGAAGAAGGCGAGCCCGGCGGCGCCGACGGCGCAGGUGGUGCCGCCGAUGCAGAAAGCUGUGCCGACAGGGCCGGCUGCCGGAGCGGGCGGACCGGUGCAGGUGCAAGCGCCGCUCCCUGGGCCGCCUGCAAUGCACGUGAUGGGCACCCCGAUGAUGGGGCAGAUGCCCAUGAUGGGCUUUCAGCCAUCAUGGGGCCUGCCGAUGAUGAGUGGCGUGGCCUUAGCCGCAGCCGCCAAGGCAGAGGAGGAAGCUAAGGCGAAGGCCCAGAAAGAGGAGGAGGAGGAGAAGAAGAGGCGGGAAGCAGAAGCCAAAGCAGAGUGGGAGAAGGCCAGGGCCCGGUCAGAGGCCGAGGCACGGGCACGCGAGAAGAGGGAGAAGGAGGAGGCCAAGGGUGCUGCACCCGAGCUGCCACCUGCGGAGUUUGAGGAGAUCGUGAACUCUAUGCCGGUGACACCCUUCUGGAAGAUUCCCCCACAAAAAGCAGACAUUCCGCUGGGCAUUCGGCUACGGGUGUUUGAUGGCGGGGGUGCAAGAGAAGUCGCCAGCAUGGCCGUGACGAAGCCACUGAUUUUUGGCAUGGAUGCCGAGCGCUCUCACGUUGUUGAACGAAGAGGGCAGGGUGUCUAUGCAGAGCACGUGGCUUUGGUCUACACUGCCAAGGGCUUCCACCUCAAUCCGAUUUCCGGACAAAGUGUGCAAUCAGCUGUGACGCAUCACCCAAAGCUCUUGGUGAAGCUUCGCACAGAAUGCGAGGAGAAGCUGUCGGGCGAGCGACGAAGCCAUGUCAUGGGCCUGCUGGACCAGAUGGAGAAACAGGAAAUCAGAUCUGUUUUGUUCCAACCUGGUGACGGUCGCAAGAAGCUGACUUGGCAGUCCUGUGUCUUCAGCCUGGGCCGCUCGGAGCGCAUCUACUUCCUGGACUUGGUGUCGAAAGCAGACGAACUAGCCCAGGAAGCUGGAGGCCUUAAAGCCUCCGAGAAAGAUGGUGGUUCCAGGUCAAAGCCGGAGGAAGCUCCCGCUGACAACGAAGCAGAAAAAGCCACUUCCCCGAAGGAGGAGAUGGCUGCGGCCGCAGAGGCCCCCAAAGCUGCUGAAGAGCCAGCUGAGUCUAGAGCGAAGGCCAGCAACGAGCAGGACGAGAGCAAAGAAACUCCAGGCCCCCCGGCCAAAGCAAGUGAGCCGAAGGAAGCCAAGGAGACGAAAGCCAAAGAAGCCAAAGAGGCGAAGGAAGACAAAAAGCAGAAGAAAAGCACAAGUCGGAGAAGACGUGCUGGCAGAAGCAGAAGCCGCAGCAAAGAGAAGCGAGAUCGCGAUCGCGACAGAGACCGAGAACGCCGGGCAUCCCGACGCGGACGGUGCGCGCCCCGUGCAAAGCAUAGGGGCGAAUUGAAAAAAGCCAAGUCAGCGUCACAAGAUUCUGCAAAUGCUCGUGUUGUUUAG